UCCUAUACUAUGAACCAGACUGUAUACCCCGAGUCCAACAUCCCUCAAGAAUGGACAGGUGUCUUUCCUGACAGGACACCCUUCACUAAGGUCUCUAACAAAAAGCCCCGCUUCAUCUAUGUAUGGAAAACAUGGGGAAAAUAUUGGCAGGUGGCUGAUGGUCCUUCCUCUCUACUGACCAUUGAAACAGACAAUAUGCCUCUUGGUUCUUACACAAUGGAUAUAGUAAUUUAUCACUGCCGUGGCAAAGACAAAUUUGUUCCCCUUGGUUAUGCAUCUACCCAGUUCUCCAUCACUGACCAGAUUCCUUUUACAGUGAUAUUAUCUCAGGUUGGUGACAUCAAUCAGGGUGACCAAAGCUUUAUCCAGAACAGAGCUGUGUCCUUUGGCAUUAAUUUGCAUGACCCUAGCCAUUAUCUCAGUGGGUCAGACAUCACCUUCAACUGGGAUUUUGGUGACAACAGUGGAACUCUCAUUUCCCGGGAAACUACUGUUACCCACACAUACCUUACAACUGGUUCCUUCAGGCCACAGGUGGUUUUGAUGGCAGCAAUCUCAACUGGUUGUCAGCUCAGUCCAACUCCAGCAGCCACUGUUGUACCUCCUGUUCCUGUCACAG